UAGAGGAAUCUCAGGCACAGAGCUCAGAGCUGGUUCAGGAUCACAGAGUGUGGUACCACUUCCCACUAUCACAGCUGUGUCUGCCCCCCAGGAUGGCUCUGCAAAUGCCCCUCAUCUUCCUCCUCAUUGCCUGCGCCUGGGCAUUGACUCAAGUGUCCGGUGCCAACAUAAACCCAAUGGACUGCUGCCUGAGAACCAACAGCAAACAGAUUCCAUGGCAAAAUGUGAAACGUUACAUAGUCCAAGAUGAAUCCAGUGGCUGCUCAAUCAAUGCCAUUGUGUUAGUCACUCGGAGAAAUAUCCACCUCUGUGCUCCUCCCCGUGAGCCCUGGGUACAGACUAUGAUUGCCAGAUUUGACAGAAAAAAGAUUAAACAUCAUAAGUGACACUGCUGGUGAGGACAGAGGGACAGACGGCCUGACAGAGGAUGGGGGAGCAAGCGAGGAAUCUCGGGGUUCUACUCAGCAGUCUGCAGGCAGUUCCAGCUUAUCCUCCUAGUUAAACACGGAGUCAAUAUUAUAAGCAGCAACCAAUGCAUAUUUUAUACAUUAAAUAGAUUUGUUUUUCGCUGCUUUCGGUGACAUUGUUUUACGUUAAUUGUUUUGUCACUUUAAAUCUGGGAAUUUACAAAUAUAUAUACAGUACAUGGACAUUUUCUAUUUCCCUGUGCAUGUGAGCUGAAUAAAUGCUGUAGCUGUGUAUCUAUAAAUAUGAUAUUGUUCUGUAUCUGUCAGGCUGGGGACACGGUCAUACUUUCAACUGGCGCCUAAUGGGCCUGGAACGUUGCUGAGAUCUGGGACCAUGAACCUGUGGCCCCAGCAGCACCUCCUGCCUGGGGGUUGAGCACACUUCUGCCCGGGGGUUGAGAUUAGGAACCGUUAUUGUGGGGCCCUGGUCCAAUCUACUGUAUGUAUAGAAUGUCCUGUAUGUGGCCCUCCAGCUGUGGGUGGAGCUAAAUCCGGCAAAAAAAUUGGAAGGUCUUGAUUUGAUUCACAUAGUUUGGCCCCAAACAUCUUGUAAUUCCCUGGGGUCAGCUACUCCUCUCCCAAUCAUCUGGAAUCAGGUAACCCCCACAUAUUGUCUCCUUCACAGGUGUGUCCUUCUCCAUCUGUAGUUGAGGGAUCUCCUUGAAGAUGAAACAUCUACAUCUCCUUUUGGCCAGAAAUUUCACAUCAAGAUGUUGGCACCCCAGGCUUCUUACUUGCCAUCAGUUCCGAUCUAGAUCAGUGGUUCUCAGAUUAUUGGGCUAUUCCCUGGGUCCAGCAGCAAUUUUGAAGGACAAAUAUUUGAGCAACAAAAUCCAACAGAUAGUCUUGGAGGAUCAGCCUGGUGACUUAAACUGAGAUUUUGGAUGAACACCUAUAUAUUCUUGGAACUUUAUUUGAGUGACAGGUAGAGCAAUGCUCUGGCCUAUUGUUGAACCCCAGGUCUGGAAGUCACUGUUCUAGACAGAUUUUCAGAGGGUCUAUGUGUACAGUAAAUCUGGGCCUAUCUAAUGGGGAAAUAAUUCCUGAAUUUAGGGAGGUAAAGCUCCUCUCCCCCCUUUCUGUUUAUUCAGUCUACGGGCGCAGACUAAAGGGGUCAUUUAUUUGAACCCCAGACUCAAGUACAAGAGAACUAAGGCACAGGGAAGGGUGGGGGCUCCCAUAAGCCCCUCCGAAAUGUCGCCACUCUGCCCAAGCUUCGGGUACCCCAUGCUAUCAUCUAUCUACUAUAUGUGCAAAAUAGUAAAUGACCCUUAAAAUCCCAUUGAACUGUGUUGCAAGUCGGUGUCAAAGCUAAUUCCUUUUGAAAUGUAACUCUGCUUAAUCUACUCCAUUCCCUUCUUUACUCACAUAUCCCCUCUGCUUCAGGCAGCUCCUCCGGGUUUCCAUUCCUGCCGGGAAUCAUUCUGUAUUAUUGUAAUUGUAAGACUGUUUUGGGACUUUGGGAAUUUUUAAACUGUGAAUUUAUCAUUUCAAUAAAUGUAAUUUUCAGA